AUGUCCCAGAACCUACAAGGAAGUCUGCUCCAGGGCCCUUUGGGAGUUUUCAUGCCUCCUGAAGCCGAGGUCCCGAUCACCAUCGUCUACAGCCAAUCGCAAGACGAUGUCCACGUUUUCGUCCCCGAGACUACAUCGAUGACAAUGGUGAAUUAUGUUGCAGACAAUUUUAGCCGCCGUGUCCAACAGCCCGUGAAGGUGUUUCACGAUGAAGCCCGAAAGAAGUAUCGGCUUUGCCCAAUCCCUAAGGACAUUUUUGCCAACAUUUCAACUUUUGGGAGAUACUGUUUCACUCGUGAUCAAUCUACUCCAGUGACGGUUUCUGCAAGCGAUCCGACUAUUGGUGAGGGUGGAAAACGAAUCCCACGUCCCAGAAACAGUUGGAUGCUGUACCGCCAAGCCAAGUCGCAGCAAAUCAUUGCGCAGCACGAAGGACUCACUGCUGGAGAGCUUUCCACGAUUAUUUCCAACAUGUGGAACAGUGAGACUCCAGAGACACAGGCUUACUGGCGUAAAUUGGCCGAGGAUGAGGAUGCCGAGCAUAAACGACUUUACCCUGGAUACAAAUACUCUACAAAGGGAGGACGCGAUAACUAG